AUGCCUUUGACAAUGCGCUCUAUCCUCUCGAUACCGGUCCUGCUUCUUGCAGGAUCUGUUGCUGCGCAAACCCUGACCCCAACCCCGACCAGCACAAGCUCUGUGGCUCGCCGGACUACUUCUGCGCCCACCACAACGUCUUCUCCAACAUUUACUGCAGUAUCAGAUUGCCAUCCACACAAAACCGUGCUAUGGUGCAUGGUUGGUGAGGAAGAGUACCAGGUAUCUGGACCUACAGCCACUGAAGAAUUUCAAUCGCAGUACACAGACUGUCAUUCUCAUUCUUCUGCAGUAUACUGUGUCGACAACAGGGGCGAAGAUGUAAAGAUCCUUGUCGAUGGUGCAAGGGAAGAGUCGCACAGCGCAGGAGACUCCCAUGGCCACGAAGAGCAGCCUGCAGCCGGCUCAACUAGCGAGUCCGGAAGCAGCAGCCAGCACUGUCACGAGCACGCUGGUAUCCCCCACUGUGUUGGUGGAAGCUCUGGACCAGUGUGCGAAGCCCCUGAUCGUAACUACAACAUUGGUCUCCGAGUCGGUCUCCUUUUCGUCAUUCUCGUCACUAGCGGCAUUGGAGUUUUCACUCCGGUCCUGACCAGGAAGUUCAACCUCGUCGGCGCUGACAACAUCAUCUUCGUUGUCUUGAAGCAGUUCGGUACUGGAAUCGUCAUUUCAACUGCCUUUAUCCAUCUCUUCACCCACGCUGAACUCAUGUUCUCGAAUGAAUGUCUUGGCAGGCUCGAAUAUGAGGGUACCACAGCCGCGAUCUUCAUGGCUGGGUUGUUCCUUUCCUUUUUGGUAGACUAUCUCGGUGCUCGUUUUGUACAGUGGCGCCAAAGCAAGCAUUCGAGCAGUGGUUCAGAGGUUGCAGCGGUUGCAGGCGAUAAUCAAGGGUCUGACCAUGGUCACGCCGGACACGCACAUGGACCCAUGCGCAUUGCUACCCCCAUGGAGCAGAAAAUUAACGUCAUGAACCUUGAGGCUGGUAUCAUCUUCCACUCCAUCCUCAUUGGUAUCACACUCGUUGUAGCUAGUGAUGGCUUCUUCAUCACCCUCUUCAUUGUCAUUCUCUUCCAUCAGAUGUUCGAAGGCAUCGCUCUGGGAACUUGCAUUGCUGAUCUCCCAAAGGCUGCAGCGGGGACGCUACAGAAGCUCAUUAUGGCCGGUACCUUUGCACUCAUCACACCUAUUGGCAUGGCCAUUGGCAUUGGCGUGCUCGACCACUUCAACGGAAGUGACCCCAGUACUCUCGUUGCUAUCGGAACCCUCGAUGCUCUUUCGGCUGGUAUCCUUGCUUGGGUUGGUCUUGUAGAGAUGUUGGCGCGAGACUGGAUGAGCGGAAAACUGAUGAACGCGGGUUUAAUAAGAACUCUGUCCGCGAUGUCUGCCUUGGUCGCGGGACUGAUUCUCAUGAGUGUCCUUGGCAAGUGGGCGUAA